GCCCUUUUUUCGGUUGACUCCGCCACGUUGGUUCCAUAGACAGUGGUUCCACUACGUGUGUGUCGCAUUCCCCUGCGCACCACCAACGUUAUGUUUGUGAUGAGGCGGGAAAUGGCGUCCGCGGACAUGUUUGGUCUGUGACUAGCGUAGCUAUCGAGCUACAGACACAGCUGGCAACAACAACCACGGCCCGACCUCUACCGGUGGUCGCCACGGUCGUGGCCGAGAGCUGCGGCAAGUUUUGAAGAGCUUCCUAGAUCACCAAAUUUUCUAUGUGACGUUGGAGCAUGAUGAGGCUGAGAGUGCGUAAAGCUCCUCAGCAGCCAAACUUAGGGCGUCGAACCCACCUGACCCAGGCUAAACGGAAACACCGUGAAGUGGAGCCAUCCCCGGUGAGAGGUCGUGGCAAAAUGCAGAAGAAUGAAACAGGCCUGUUCUCCACUAUAAAGAAAUUCAUCCGAGGAAAUGCCGUCAAGGUGGAGCAGGAUAUUCCUGCAAAGAGGAGUCGUAUUGAUUGUAAUUCUGAGACCGAUCUAAUUACAUCAACGCCACAGACUAGAGGCCUUUCCAACAAAACAGUCUCAAGAGUUUGCCGGAAAAGUCCACAUAAAGACACGAUGACAUGCAACAGUAAACCCAUGAAACCGAACGGUAAACUAGAGGUCCCUGUAGAGGCAGCGAGCAGCCCACCACGCACCACCCUGCUCGGAACCAUCUUCUCUCCAGUCUUCAACUUUUUCUCACCAGCAACUAAAACUGCCACUCCCGGUUCAGACUCCCCUGGCCAAGCGAUUGAGGCAGAGGAAAUCAUGAAGCAGUUGGACAUCGAGCCGGCAGAAGAAAUGCCAAGCAGCACUCUCACAUCUACAGAGGGCAUCACUCCGUGUCACCCAGUCCCGAUGUUACCGCACAGGCUUCAGAUCACCUCUGAUACAACCAUAGAAGAAGGAGAAAUAGUCACCGAAACUGACAUGCCACCAUUAACGGAGGGACAAAGUCGAGCUGGAAUGUCCAGGUUCUGUUUCAGAACUCCUGGUUGUAUGCCAGACGGUGGUUACCCACAUGCAUUACCUUCAGCUCCUCCAGAAACUUCAUAUGAAGAGGAAUGGGAAGUUUUUGAUCCGUACUUCUUCAUCAAGCACGUGCCUCCGCUGACAGAAGAGCAGUUAACACGCAAGCCAGCGUUACCUUUGAAAACACGCAGCACACCAGAGUUUUCUCUCGUCUUGGAUCUGGACGAAACUCUGGUCCACUGUAGUUUGAAUGAGCUAGAAGACGCAGCCCUGACAUUCCCUGUGCUUUUUCAAGAUGUAAUAUACCAGGUGUACGUUCGGCUGAGGCCCUUUUUCCGUGAGUUUCUUGAGCGCAUGUCUCAAAUGUAUGAGAUUAUUCUUUUCACGGCUUCAAAGAAAGUGUACGCCGACAAGUUGCUUAACAUCCUGGAUCCGAAAAAACAGUUGGUCAGACAUAGGCUAUUUCGUGAGCACUGUGUGUGUGUUCAAGGAAACUAUAUUAAAGACCUAAACAUUCUCGGACGGGAUCUUUCCAAGACCAUAAUAAUCGACAACUCUCCCCAAGCCUUUGCCUAUCAGCUUUCCAAUGGAAUCCCUAUUGAGAGUUGGUUCGUGGAUAGAAAUGACAAUGAGCUUCUAAAGCUUGUUCCUUUCCUCGAGAAGCUCGUGGAGUUGAAUGAAGAUGUCAGACCGCACAUUCGAGAACAGUUUCGUUUGCACAACCUGCUUCCUCCAGACUGAUGACGUUGUGUUCGUUUCUUAGUUCAAGAUAGUGACAACAUUGGGAAGAAAAACUUCCGGAAGAAUAUAUUCAACAGAUUUCUCUUUUGCAAAAAUUGCCAUUAUUAAAAAAAGAAGAAAAAAAUGUUAUCAUGGAAGAAAAAUUGAAAGUUUGUGUUUGAGUCAAAAAGCCCUGGAUGUUUUUAUACAUACCUACUCAAACCAGAAUCCGAACAAACAGACCCCGCACACGGCGACAGACUUUUCACUUUUUGCUCGCUUGUUUUUAGUGCGACUUUGAAGGCGGCUUCCUGGAAGGUAUUUUGUCUUUUAAGAACUAUUUUGGAUUGACAAAACUGAAUGUCAUGCAGUGUUGGAUUAUAUGGACCCUGGUGGCUUCAGCCUGUCCUUGAACGGCCAGUCAAACUUGUAUUAUAUUCACUCGAUUUACUUGUAAAUAUAUGUACAUACUGGUAGUUUUGUUUUGUUUUUUUCUUCAAGGUUUUUAAGGCAUUUUAUUUUCACUUCAGAUUUUAGUAUGUAUUCUUUGAUUCGGUUGCUUUUAUAAACCAACAAAAUGUUAGUGUGUUAUGUUUGAAGUUGUUGAUAAACUGCUUUUCUGUCAAUGCCUGCAUUAUUCCUGUGAUGCUUUACUCCAUUACGUGCAGUUGUCUGUAAUAAGGUGCAGUUAAAAAAAAAAAAAGGAAAGUAACUUUGGGAGAAAAAUGUUU